AUGGCAUUUAACAGUAGAUGUUGGUGUAUAGUCAUAUCAAUAUUAACCAUCAUAACCGCGGUCAUCGUCGUAUGCGUGUAUUUCACCAACCCAUCAGAUCCUGCAUUCACCAUCAAUGAUUUUUACGUCUCGGCCCUCAACUUAUCAGACAUUUCCUCCACCACCACCGCCGCGAAUCAGACCAUGUUCUUUGACAUGAAGCUCCAUAACAAGAACAAAGCCAUGGGGGCUUACUACGAUCCUGUUAAGAUUAUCUUUUCUUACAUCCCUAACAUCAAGUUGACUUUUGUUGUGGCUGAAUACACGGUGCCAAAGUUUUACCAACGUAAUCAGAAAAGCAAGCAUGUGAUAGCAACGGUGACUUCCCGCGGCAUAACACCGUAUAACAGAACGGUGACAUCUUCGGUGUUCAAGGUGGAGGUGUUAACCAAAGUGGGGUUUACAACACCUGCUAACCGUAAGAAGAGGAGGGUGAGUGUGGUGGCCAACGUUAGAGUUGGCCAAACGGGAGAAAGAGAUUCAAAAAAAGGCAUUAGACUCUUUGAAUCCGGUGUGGGUGAUGGGCUUGGAGGUUUAAGCAUAAAGAUAUUGAUGUUGAUCCUUUCUACUACAACCAUUUUAAUAAUUACCUGA